AAUUUUUUAGUUGAAAAUUCAAUCCAAACAUUUAAGCAUUUCACCUGCCCUCAUUGUUUCGUUUCACUGCACGAAACACGAGAUCAGCCACCCUUCCUCCAUCUUUCUUUUUUAUUUAAAAUUUCACCAACUAAAUUGGAGAACCACCGAUCUUUUAAGCUCUCUCCAUCUAUUAACUGUCAUGGAGGCCUCCUACGACCCCGAACAAAACCCACCACUCCAUGCUCCCUUGCUAGACCGGUCCUCACCCCGGACUGGACGUUUUGCAGCCGUCUUUGCCUGCCUCUUUUCCUUGAUCUCGCUCCUGGCAUUAAUCAUUAACCAAACCCAACAACCGUUUGAGAAAGUGCAGCCAAGAGGGGUGGCUGAAGGUGUGUCAGCCAAGUCAAAUCCAUCUUUAUUGAACCAAGUUCCCUUUAAUUGGACUAACGCUAUGUUUUCUUGGCAAAGAAGUGCUUACCAUUUUCAGCCCCAAAAGAAUUGGAUGAAUGAUCCUAACGGUCCAUUGUAUCAUAAGGGAUGGUACCAUCUUUUCUACCAAUACAACCCUUAUUCAGCUAUAUGGGGUAACAUCACAUGGGGCCAUGCCGUAUCGAGGGAUCUCAUUCAUUGGCUCUAUCUUCCACUAGCCCUGGUCCCAGAUCACUGGUACGAUAUCAAAGGUGUAUGGACGGGGUCUGCCACUAUCUUGCCAGAUGCUCAAAUCAUAAUGCUUUACACUGGCGAAACCAACGAGUCUGUGCAGGUACAAAAUCUUGCAUAUCCUGCCAACUUGUCUGAUCCCCUCCUCCUUCACUGGUUAAAAUACCCGGGCAACCCUGUUAUGGUCCCCCCACCCGGUAUUAAACCCGACGAUUUCCGGGACCCAACAACAGCUUGGCUUGGACCCGAAGGUACCUGGCGUCUCACCAUGGGCUCAAAGUUUAAUACCACCAUUGGAAUAUCCCUCGUUUAUCAUACCACAAACUUUAGGGAUUAUGAACAAUUGGAUGGGGUUUUACAUGCGGUUCCGGGUACGGGUAUGUGGGAAUGCGUGGAUUUCUAUCCCGUUGCAAUAAACGGCUCGGUGGCGUUGGACACGUCAUCAUUCGGGCCUGGAAUUAAGCAUGUGUUAAAGGCUAGCUUGGAUAAUACAAAGGUUGACCAUUAUGCCAUCGGGACUUAUGCCCCGAAAACGGAUAAAUGGACACCCGAUAACCCGGAAGAGGAUGUGGGUAUCGGGUUGAAAGUGGAUUACGGAAGAUACUAUGCCUCAAAGACAUUUUUUGAUCAGCAUAAACAAAGGAGGGUUCUUUGGGGUUGGAUUAAUGAAACUGAUACUGAAACUGCUGACCUCAAAAAGGGAUGGGCUUCCCUUCAGACAAUUCCCAGGACUGUUCUAUAUGACAACAAGACUGGAACCAAUUUACUUCAAUGGCCAGUGGAAGAAGUAGAGAGCUUGAGAUUGAACAGUACAAUGUUUAAGGAGGUGCUAGUUGAACCAGGAUCUGUUGUGCCCCUUGACAUAGGCACCACCACUCAGUUGGAUAUACUAGCAGAGUUUGAAAUAGAGCCAUUGAUAUCUAGUACUACGAAUGAAAUCGGUAAUUGCGGUGAUGGUGCAGUUGAUAGGAGCACUUACGGACCAUUUGGCCUCCUGGUUAUUGCUGAUGCUUCACUUUCUGAGUUGACUCCUAUAUAUUUCCGUCCUCUUAAUGCAUCUGAUGGUACUCUCAAGACUUACUUUUGCAUCGACGAAACAAGGUCUUCUAAAGCUUCCGACGUCUUCAAAAAAGUAUAUGGAGGCAAAGUUCCUGUGCUUGAUGAUGAGAACUACAAUAUGAGGGUAUUGGUGGAUCAUUCAAUUGUGGAAAGCUUUGCUCAGGGAGGGAGGACAGUGAUAUCAUCAAGAAUUUAUCCAACGGAAGCCAUCUAUGGAGCAGCCAGGUUGUUCUUGUUCAACAAUGCAACUGGAGUAAAUGUGAGGGCCACACUCAAAAUAUGGGAAUUGAAUUCUGCCUUUAUUCGUCCUUUCCCCUUCGAAAGAGACAGUGUAUAGAAAUGAAUGCUCUAAUAUCCUUGAUCUGUGAGGGUGGGAUAAAUGUCUUGGUUGCCUCUGUGGCAGGGAAAAAGAUUUCUAGUGUUUUCUAUUUUUCUGUUCGGGCUGCCAUUGAAAUUAUUUUGUAUUACAUUGGUUUCAUUUCGGAAAUUAAAUUAAUUAAAUUUUAGAUUCUUAA